AUGGAGCCCCAAACAGACUCCCGUCCCUCGGCUGAGAUGGGAAGCCCCCGGGCGAUGGAGGUCUCAGCGGACUUGAAUGACCCCCUGAGAACAAAGACAGUUCUUAGCCUAGAGGAAGGCUCGCCCGCGGGGUCGGUCAAUAUCCCGCGGCUGACGUCAAUGAACCUCUCAUCUCCCCCGUUCCCCGAGGCCAAGUUUAUGCCAUCUUGGAGAUCCUGCACGGAUUGGGAUAACUUGCCGUACUUGGAGAAAGGCGGGGGGCAGUGCAGGGAGCUGAGCUCCAUGGGGCAUCGCUGCCCCAAAGACACUAGCCUUCUGAAGGACAUGCAGCCCCAGGAGGAGAUAGAUGCUGCCCUGGGCAUGAACAGUGGUUUGGGAUUAUCAACCCGGCCCCCCACGGCCAGGUACACCCAGAGGGACCCAGAGGAUGGGCAGAAAAUGCGGGAGAAGCUGGCCAUGCAACCCCCCUUUUGUCCGAAGCCCGACAUGGAGUUCGUGAAUAAGCUCUCAGCGAAGAUCUCCUGCCCGGAGAACUUGGGAGCUUCCGAGGAGGAGGAGUCCCCGGUCGGCUUGGAGACUGGGCUGCCCAGUAGGAUGAUGCGUAACGUGGAACCGGAGAGCAAGGACCCGGUAGGGCUGGUGAUAGAGCCACCAGCUGACGUCUUCAAGACGAAGGCCGAAGAAUCUCCCAAGCUUCCGAAGGAUUUGGAAGCGGGAGUGGAGCCUCCAGAUAAUAUCAGACCCAUUUAUCUUGGGAAAUUUUUUGACCGUAAUCCUUCCUGGCGAUGUGCAGGGAAGCUUAUUCCAGUUGGAUACAGAGCUGAAACCUGUUUGACUGAAAAAUGGCCUCCACCUUUGACUCCACCCACUGAAAGAAAGUUUUACAAAGCCAGAUAUCCAGAUCCUGGUACUAAACGAAUAUUUUAUGGCAGAGCAGAUGAUCCUGAUGUUUCUCAUUUGAUACAUGGUAAAAAAACUGAUAGGUCACUCAAGGUAAGCUCAUUGGUUAAUCCACCUCCUAUUACUACAUUUCAACAAAGAUUUAAGGAAAGGAAAGAAUCCAUCUAUAUUAGUAAUCGAAGAGCGCCACUAGGGAGGUCCCACGAUCAAACGCAAAAUUUACCUGAAUGUCUUGAUACAGUUAAUACAACAUUUGGAGUACCAGUUCUCAGAGAGACAACUGCCAGAGACAUAGUGAAUCCACCCAAAUCCUCUCAACAAGUGUUUGAAGAAGCAAAUCAAGGACACGACCUGUAUGUUGUAUCCCACAAUGAUUAUGAUGUAGGGGAAAUGAAGAAUAGGAAAUAUAACCCAGCAAGCUUUUAUAGAUUUCAAACAUACGGAGGGGAAAUGCCACAUUUUAACGACGGCCGAACUAUGGCAAAAUCUUUACAUUGGCUCCACGAACAACAAAUGAAAAAAGGCAGUAAAAUAGUUUCCAAAAGAGUCGAUGAUUUCAAUGAAAAGUUUCAACACAAACUUGGAAAAGUCUGGGAUCCCAUUGCAGAAACAAUGAACGUUCCACUGGGCCACACAUUUGGAAUGUUUUUGCGUCCAGAUGACUAUGGAGCAGGUGACCUCAUUUACAACCGACUACCAGGCCAGUGCCUGCGUGGCAAGGAUAGGGAGCAGGCCGUCUUUGCGGCAGUUCGGCAGCAUCUGAAGAAAGUGAACUAUCGCAACUUUGAUACUUUGCUGGAAGCAUUUCGGCAUUUUGACAGGAAGGGAGAUGGGUUGAUAGACAAAGAAGAGCUCCAGAGAGCCUGUUAUCAGAUGAACCUAGAACUAGACGAGGCACUCCUGGAUGAACUGUUUAAUUACUGUGAUCUGGAUAACGAUGGCAAGAUUAACUACCAAGAGUUCACCAAUUUUCUGAACUGGAAAGACAAAAUGCCCAUCAAGGAGUUUGAAGAAAAGAUCCUCAUCAGAGGGAAAAAAAUGUCAGAAGAUCCUCAGUGCCCCCCUAUUACUGGUACAGAAUUAGAGGGCCAGGUUGCUCCUCUGAUCAAGCCUGAAGAUAUCGUACAAGAAGAACCUGGGAAAUCAAUGAAGACUCCCCGGACUCUCUCACGACCAACAGAUAAAGUGUUUGCUGAUUAUAAAACGUCGUCUUCUCAGAUUAAUUCAGUUGUAGGAGGCGUUUCUCCGAUGAGCAUCCCCACGUGUGGUGUUCCAACGAUUCGGUCCGACAUUCCUGCUCCUCGUUUUCGUAGUAUCACCGAUAGAACCGAUUAUGGUGAUUCGGGCAAUGCUUAUACAUUGCUACACCCGUCCAUCUUCAGUGAAAAAGGAGUGUUUGAAAGAGACUUCUUUAAGGCUAGAUCAAAGGAUGAGAUUGCUCGGAUAUUACGGAAUAUUGGCGUCAGCCUUACUGAUGAGAACUUUGAACAUGUGUGGAAUUUGGCUUCUAAGAAACAUCACAAGGGAGAAGUUUGUGUAGAGUCUGUGAGAAAUGUCCUGGAUGAAAUGCAGCACACCAAAAGAAUCAGAAAGAAUCAAGUAUAA